UGCUUCAGCAGGAAGAGAAGCGGCCGGAGAGCUGCCCGCCGAGGCUGUGAGUGGAGCCGCCAGAAAGAGCUACGUGUGAUAUAUGAAACCUGCAGGAGAUGUUGUAAUGACUGUGAAAUUACACUGAGGACAGAUCUUGCUUCUUCCAUUUUUUUUUGUGAUUACUGCUCUUACUAUUGUGAUUGAUUAUUUUCUACAGUAAGUGAGCUGGUUGCUUUGUCUGGUCCUUUUGUUUAAAAAAGCGAGAGAGAAAGAUGUCUAAUCCUGACGCCCAUCAAGAUGCUGGUAUCAAGCCAGGCUUGUUGGAAAAGAGCAACAAUUCUGGUGAUUCUCAGCCCUCGAUCAAUUUGGAAAGAAGGAACAAAAGUGGGAUAAUUAGUGAACCUUUGAACAAAAGUCUUAAGAAGUCUCGGCCACUGUCCCAUUACUCUGCUUUUGGUAGCGGCAGCUCAUUAAGUGAACAUUCAGAGAAAUGUGCCCCCAUGGCCAACAGCAGUGAGGCAAUCGUGGAAAAAAGCAAUUCUACCUCAAAGCACAAAACCAUCUCUGACAUGUUGAGCAAAUCAGAUAUUUCUUUGGAAGGACAGAACAUCUUGCAACAGUUUGCUCAGUCUACAGAGUUGCUCAAAAGAGUUGUCCAGGAGCACAUCCCUCUGCCUAAUGACCAUGGGACGGGCCUCUCAGACAUAGAAGCUGUCUCAACUGCUGAAACAAUGAACAACCCAUCUGAUUUCCCUUACCUGGGGGCUUUCCCCAUCAACCCUGGCCUUUUCAUUAUGACCCCUGCUGGUGUAUUUUUGGCAGAAAGCGCACUCCAUAUGGCUGGCUUAGCAGAGUACCCAAUGCAGAAUGAAUUGGCGUCUGCCAUCAAUUCAGGGAAAAAGAAACGAAAACGAUGCGGCAUGUGUCCCCCUUGCAGAAGACGGAUAAACUGUGAGCAGUGCAGCAGUUGUAGGAACCGUAAAACUGGACAUCAGAUUUGCAAAUUCCGAAAAUGUGAAGAACUUAAAAAGAAGCCUUCUGCUGCACUGGAGCAAUAAGAAUACCUGGUGAUAAGUCUUCAUGAAAGGUUGAGCACUGAUGGUGCAAUAGGAUCCAGAUUUUGCAUGGAAAAUGCAUCAUUAAUCUCUUAACAGAUGAAGACUUUGUAAUCUGUAGACUAUAAGGGUUUGGGAGAACCCCACUUCAUUAUUUUUAUCAGCAUAGAAUGUUCAGUGAUGCAGGAAUUUUAUGUAUGGAGAUAGAAAGGAAUCAAAAUGCAGAGAGGGGAGUAACAAUUACUUAUAUAAUUAAUAAAAUAGUUGAGGGUACAAACUACCAAGAUCUGUAAGCAAUUGCAGGAUGCAAGAGAAGCUGUGAGUCAUCCUCCUGUUUCUACAUAGUUGCCUUGUUCUAAAAAAUGUUUACAUAUACAAGUUUUGUAGAAAAAGUGGUUUUUCAUCUUCCAAUAUUGUAUUAUCUGUAUGUAAAAUAUAUAUUUGUUGUUCUUUCAGUUUAUUCAUAUGACUGAAGAUACCUGGAACUCCAUCUCUUAUCAUUCAUAGACUGUGUUUCUACUUUCCCAAAAUCUAGGACCUUUGAUUUAUUCCAAGAAUCCCUCCUCCCAAAUUUACCAAAAGGUCAGUCCCACAUAAAAUUGCUUCAACAUCUGUACCAUCUGUAUAAUUGCAGAGGUGGAAAGACCUAAGCUGUGAAGAAUCCAAAGACUCAAAAAAAAUCCUUUGAGUCAUCUUUACACCCUGUCACACUUGUCUUGAUGACUUAAGUGCUUCUUCAGAAGACGUCAAGUAAUAUUUACUUACAAUACUUACUUACAGUGAGUAUUGCAGAACAUUCCAUUUGUUUAGAGGACUAGUGCUAUAGAUGACCCUAUUUUGGAGUGGUUCUGUCUGUAGCUAUUCAGUCAAUAAGGCACUCCAGUUCUAUCUUCAGUGUUUAAGAGUACAAGAGGCUCCUGAGCAAAGUUUAUGAUACACAGAUAUUUUACAUACCUACUGUACCUACAUACAUACCACACUUUCAAGUGGUCUUUUAAUAUGAAAGCAACAGCUAUACCAUUUAAUGUGACUGUAGGCUAAAAAUUGUGGCCAUCAUAGAGGCACUCCAGGUUUUUUUUGGGGGGGGAGGGUGUUCUUGUGAGCCUAGAGCAUUCAUUUAGAUUGGAGUACACGUUUGAAGAUUGGGAGGUUUUGGUAUGAAGAUGGAUUACAGCUGAAGUUACAAACUCAUUCCCUGCUGAUCAAAAAAGCUAUGAAGUUCAGAGGUUCUGACACUCAAGACAUUUCAUUAUCCUCAAAGAGGGAUGAAGCUUAUGAUCUAUCUUGGACCUUUAACAAGUAAACAUACCCAUGUAGGCUAUACACUUUUAGGUGGCUCCUUUAAGUUCCCUCAUUCGCUUCUCAAAAGCAGGAAGCUGAUUGGCCUCAAGGGAUACAGCCAACAUGUACUCUCCCUUCUCAAUCGUGCCAGAAUACUGUAUGUAUGUAUCUUCAUGUUUCUUUUGGGAACUGAUAUUAGCACUCAACUUUGUGGGCACUAUGAAGACUCUUGGAAAUAAAGAUAAUGUCAGAGGGUAGUGCUUUACUUCGUAAUGUGCUAGGUUAUUUAUUUUUUUAAUUAGAAGAGUAUAUUGGAAAAUUUAAGAAAUUAAGCUACUUAACCAUUAAAGCCCUGACACAACAGACCUAUCAUUACUGCUUUCUAAAGACAGAGAAUGAGGCCAAAUACAGUUCCCAAGGGAGGGCAUUCCACAGCCUUGGGAGAAAUACAGACAAAGCCAUCUUUGCCAAGCCAUAUAAAUGAGCUUCUAAAAGCAAUGUCUUCAGAAGGUCAUCUGCAGAUCAGAUUCAUAAUGAAAAAAGAUGUCCCUUAGACAGAUCUUAUGUUGUUUAGCUUUCUUACGUUAUGGAUAAUAAUUUAAAUGGAGUUCAGAAAUGCAUUUGGCAAGCAAUACAAAUAUUUGAGUUCAGUACAGUAUUUUGCGCUCUAGCAGCCCAGUUCUCACAUUUUUACUACAUUUUGCCCCAGUGACAACUUCUGGACACUUUUCAUGUCAGUCCUAUGCAACUAUCAAGGCACAGUUAUACUGGCACACUUAGUUAUAAUGGUGUGGAUGCACUUGGUACUAUAAUUGCCACUUAUCAUUACAACUGAAAAACAGAUCUCCAGUAGAUCGAUUUGUUCUUUCUUUGGGAGUCCAAUUCCAAAUUCAGUUUCAUAUUGGUUAAUAGUGUCACUGGAUUAUUUUCUGUAUCUGCAUUCAGUGGUGCUAGUUACUUCCUUAAUUAAUACUGGAGUUUACUACUUAACUGGAUGGCUACAAGUAGUAGAACCAGUGAAUUUCAGCAUUCUGAUGGCAUCCUAUUCUGAAGCUCCCAGUAGUUUUAUAUAGAUGUUGAAGUGCGUAAAAUAUAAGAUGGAAUACCGUGAGUCAACAGUCAAGGUGUGGAACAAUAGUACCCUUAUCGACUGUACUUCAUUACAAAACAGGGUUUCCAAGGUUCAGUCAGGCCAAAUGGUGCUAAGGAAUACCACAACCGGGUAUCAAAAGCCAUCAAGAGGCUAUGAGAACUUACAGAGCUGUACUUCUCCAUCCAGUUUCCAGCAUGUUUUCCAUCCAGAUGAUUUAGCAAUACAAUAUUGCAACAAAACCCCUGGCUGAAAUAGGUCCACAUAAUAUUCUCCAGAAAUGUAAUGGUAUUCCUUUGGCCUUUUGAAGGCUGUAUUGUGCACUUGAGGAUGUUGUGCACUAUAUUGAUCCGCAAAUACUGUGUGCUACUGUGUUCUAUGUGCCUGCCAAGCAAAAAGAGGUUAUUCGAGUCACUAGCCUGUGGAACUCACAAAGGGAUUUAUUACAGAAAGAGGCAAUCAGCCCAAUGGCCCCCAUAUGGUAGUGCCCUUUUCACAUGACAAUUAUGCUGUGGGAAGUGCUUUUUCUACAGCACUGCUAGUGUGCUAUUUAAAAGCCUGCAACCAUGUCACUGGAUUUUUGCCACAGAAACAGCCCGCUGGGUUCUACAGCAAGGUCUUAAUUCACAAUGACUUCAUCAUAAUGAUCCUAGGGAGGAGUGCAGAGAAGAUAGGAGGAAAAUCUCUGCAAUGCAGGGCAUUGCAUACAAAAGGAAUUUGCACGGAGUGGAAGCAAAGGGGAACCCCCCUGGCUAUUCCACUCCUGCCCUUGAUGCUGAUCAUACUUUGGCUAGGAUUUACUGCUUUACUGAAAAUGGUGGCUUUGACUGAGCAAUUAAAAUCACUUUCUAAAGUUAAGUUCAUUAUUCCUUAACUCUGCAAUUUGCUGCUCUUUUGCCAAAAAGGAUUCAGGUAUGUUCUUUAGUUAUGUUGAAUACUUUCUGUCAGGCACAAUUCUUAUCACUACUGACAAGGUUCUCAAAUAAGCUGGCUCUAACAGUCAUUAGAUUGCUUAAUUCAUCUAUUUGCUCCUUUUUCUGGUGUCAGAAGGAUCAGCUGAGCAUUACUUUGGAUUCAUGAAGGAUCAAACUGCCAUUAUAUCCUACCUCCUCAUAGAUACAUUGGUCCCUAGAUUAGAUACAUUGGCCCACUAGACUAGCCACACAAAAGUAUAUAGAAUCUCCACAACCCCAAAAUUUACUUUAGUAUACAUCUCUUAGCUAUCUGAAGUCUUUAUGGGUUUUGCUGCAUCAGACUGAGUUCUGCAACCCUCAAGAAAGUGUGUCAAUCUACAGGUUACUGUAGACCUGAAUUACUAAUUGUGGACUCUUGGAGGAGUGAAAUGAAUAAACCAGGAGACAGUUUAUUCUUUCACAUAUUUGCCUACCAAAUAACAUAAGAAAACUCAGCAUUUCCUUUUUAAAUCCCCAGAUUCUUUUGAGUAGCUUCUAUUAUUACAGUGAAAUCAAGGAAAUACUUAUUCAAUAUAGAAUUUAAUUUCUGCAAAAACUUCAUAAAAACUGAGUUCUUUAUCAAUAUACAGAUUUUUAGAAAUUCCUUGCAAUAUUCAAGGAAUGUGGAGCUGGUCAUUCCAUUUCCAUUCUAUUCUUAGAGCUUAUCUACACUAGCAAUUUAUAGCAUGGCCAGCAAUUGCUGUGGCAAUCAGUCAAUAAUGAAGACAAGCUUUGUGUCACUAUAGCAAUGGCAGGGUGAAACUAUAAAUGGCUAAUGCGGAAAUGCUCUUAAUAAGGAAAUAAUUUUGCCAAAAUACCUGGUUUUGAAAAAAGCUAGUGAUUUCAAAUAAUGGAAGGAUUGCCUAAAUCCCAGUGGACAUAGUCCUUAGAAAAGCUGAGGUUGUUCUCUCCACUCACCACUAAUCCAAACAGCAAAAUGCAUAAUGCCAUACUGUAAUUAUAAUAAUUUAUUAAUACAUUUAUUCAUAGUUUAUUCAUUUGUGAAAUAUAAAGAAACAAGUCAUAAUGUGUAGCAUUCUUUUAGAUUAUACACUUAGGCUGAAUGGCAUGUGUAAAUUCAAACUGAAUAGACAAAAUCCCAGAUCAUUAGGGACGGUAUAUGUCACUGAAUUGGUUUAUGAUUGUGAGUUAAUUUUUUGAUGUUUUUUCUUUACUAUCACUUGAGUUCCACCCCCAAAGCAUAAAACAGCAUUCUAACAUUCCUUGAUUUAAGCUGUUACGAAUUUCCACUGUGAAAACCUAUUCCUUUU